AUGCCAACCAGCAGCAAUCUAGACUAUCCAGAGUACCAUCUAACGGGGGAGCAGAAGUCGUAUAUUCUGAGCAAGUACCUUUCUGGCGCUGCUGCUUCACCCAACUGCUGGGCGGGCUACUUCUCCAGUAGAUUCGGAUGCUGCUUUUUUGUGAUAUCGCUGGCCACCGGUCUCUUCAGCGUGGUCACGUCCGUUCUCUAUUGCCGGGGGGGCUGGAAACUGCUUUUUGGGGUGCGCCUUCUGCAGGCCCUGGUCAUGGGCGGCAUGUGGCCCUGCCUGUACAUGCAUCUGGCCAAAUGGUGUCCCAAAAAGAAGCAGAAUCACUUUGGUGGCGUCAUGACGACUGGCCUGGACUGUGGUACAGACCUCAGUGGAGUCCUUUCCGCCUCUCACCUCGGUUGGCCCAGCUCUUUCUAUGUCCAGAUAAGCGAGAUCACCAGUGCCCUGGCGUCACAUAUUGACCGUCCGUUUCUCGUUCUGGCCUUCUGCAAGAUGAGUCAGGCCUGCAGCUUCUACACGUAG